CUCAACUGUGUGUACAUUUUAAGACGUGGGGAGGAGGAGGCGGUCUCAUACUUAGUAAAGGGCUAGUGGGCAUUAUAUUUGUAUAUAUUUAAGCCCUAAAUGUAUCGAUGGUUUGUUGUCAUGCCACAAGGAGUGCCAUCCCAGUCUUCGCUUCUUCUGUAGGGUGUCUGCGUAAAUGGACAUGUCUUUGCAGAUGCGAACGUCUCUCUCACUGUGUCGGUGCCUCAGUCUCUUCCUCGCACUGUACGUGUGUUUAUGCAUGACUGUUUUUCAGCGCGCUUUUGUGCCACUCGUACGGAAUGCCUGACUUUCUCGCAGUGCUGGUUUGUGUCUAUGACAGCUACAAGUUUUUACUCCUUUUUGUUUCCUGUUAGCAAUGAUCAAGUACAGGACUAAUGAUACUGGUCAAUAAUAACUAGUUAUGCCAUCAUGAAAGUUUAUCCCAGUGUGUCUUGUAUGUUGGCUGCCAGCCUAAUUCAUCAUCAGUAGGUGAUUUAACGGCAAGUGAAGCAAGUGUUAUGUGUGCCUUUGUACUUCUCUCAGAGAGUAAGUGAAAAUCAGCCAGUUCGGUCAAAUAUGGGAUGUGCAGCAACAUGUCAGAGGGGUGGUUGUUCAGCUAGUGUGUGAAUGUGACUGUGUAUCUGUCAGUCUGGGCCAGUCAGUGUGCCUACAGUUCAGCCCUGAUCCAUGACUGAGUACUACGAGGAAGGGGGGCUGCUGUAUGAGCGUUCGCCCCCCAUGCACAUUAAAGUUGAGUCUCCUGAAGGACCCAUUGAAGGCAGGGUCUCAGAAGACGGAUUCACCAGGGAAGAUGAGGACUCAGAAGGGAGCUGCGACCACAAUGGUGUACUUCCUGCGGGGCUCCCUUUCAAUGUGGUGGUUGUCCACCCCAAUAUCGUGGUUCCAAUGAUGUCGGGAGAUGACGAUAUCAUGCCUCUUGAGCCAAAUAGCAGUGUCUCUGCUGCAAUUGCAGCUGGGGGUGGAGGAAAACGGAAGAGCCGGUUCAGUGGAGCAGAGCUGGAAGUGCUGGUGUCAGAGGUUACCCGGUGUGAGGGUGAGCUCUUUGGGCCAGCAGGGAGACUUCGGCGAAGGGAGAGAGAGCGGAUUUGGGGUGGGAUCCUGGAACGUGUCAAUGCUGUGUCCCGUGUCCCCCGCACCCUUCGUGAGGUGAAGAAGCGCUGGGAUGACCUAAAGCGACGCAACGGGGGCAGGCUGGCUGAUGCUCGACACCGGAGUUGCUGCCUGCCACCUGGCAGAGGGGUCUCUGGGCUGAGCAGGUCUAGCCAGGCGAGCCCAAAAAUUCAGCAACCUCGUCAGAGGACAGGGAACAGGGCGAAGGCCACUUACUCAUGCUUUACAGAUGCUGAUGCGGUUGGAGCAGGGGAUGGAUCUGAAAGGGAUGGUUUUGAUAAGGAGGAUGAGGCAGGAGGAAGAGGAGUGAAUGAAGGAGAUGGUGAAGGUGAAGGAGGCGAAAGCAGUAUGGAGGAUAAAUUGGGAUUGGGACUGGGUCUAGGACUGGGGCUGCCUACAACAUCUGAUCGCUGGCUGCCUCCUUCUCCACUUUACAGUGCUCCGUUUCUUAAUGGGACCCCACAACCCAGCCCUCAGCCUUCCCUCGGAACACAGCAUGGCCCCAUAGAAGUUCCUCCUCGCACCUCCUGGCUUGAGGAUGAACUGAGGGGGUUGGGUGAAGCAGCUGUGCAGCUUGGGGAUAAGGUGGAACGAAAUUUACGGGAAUUCGGUGAAGGUUUUAGGCGUGAUGUUCGGACACUGGUGGCAUCACAAGAAACACUCUCUGUUAGCUUACAGCAGAACAAUGUCCUCCUGCAAAGGCUUUUGGGUAUUCUUGAGGCGCAGCAGCAGCAGCAGCAACAACAGCACCACCACCACCAUCACAACCACAACCAACAGCAGGCGUCUAGCAUUCACCUUUCUCCAGCAGUGCCACCUGCAAUGCCACCUAUGCCACCUCCCCCCGAUAUUCUAGAUGGAACCAUACAACCAAAUCCUGAAGUAGAUAUAUCAAGGAGAACCCAACAGCCACGGCGUGGGAGGUCAAGUGAGCAGAGAAGAAGGCGAAGGCGCUAGCGGAAGUAUAUAGCAAACACAACUAAAAAUAAUUUAUUUUUUUCUGUUUGAUUUUAGUUGAAUCAUUAUCAUGCUACCCCAGUGUUACCAAAGUUAUCUGCUCAGCCCAGUAAUGCCUUUGCAUAGUAGAGAACUGUUUUUAUUUAAAUCCUUUAGGUGACAUCUGUACUGACAGGGGUUUGGUGUAGAAAAUUUAGAGGCUCAUACUUAUUUUUCUAAUUGUGUAUAGACAAUCAAAAUGAUACUGGCCUAAAAUGUGGAGCUAAUCAUGUGAAAUUGGAAACAUCUUUCCCCAUUUUAUAUGCACUUAAUCAAGAAUUUAACUUAGAGAAGAAGCACUUUGGUUAUUGGUUUUCAGGACCUUAAAGGAGCUGGUUUUAUUCAAGAUUUCAGAAGCAGAUUAUAUUCUAGGUACAGUACACUGUAUGCGCUGUUGUCUGCAUGCCAUCUCUGACUAAACAGAAAUGCAAAUGAAUUCAACAUUGAUAUCAUAUUUUGCACAAUUUGUAUGUCUUGUAUAUACUAAAAAGUUUUGUUCUGUGAAGAUGUAUAUGAGUGUAAAUAAAGGCAAUACUGGUGUAGGAUAAUAUUGGUUGAGAUUGUAAAGUGAAUGCAAAACUUGUCUGUAUAUACUGUAGCCAGAUGCACUGUAUAGUACUGAAGUAAAGGGACAUGACAAAUUUUGUUAGGAGUGUUUAUGAAGGG